AUCGGUAACAGGUUGGCCAACCUGACGAUGUACGAUGUGCGCAAAGCGUACGGGGAUGCGGUCAAUUGGGCGAUGAACGUUUCGGAAAUCGAAGCAAAGGUCAAGGAAGCUACGAGCGAUGAAAAGUGGGGAGCGAGCUCGACGCUCAUGCAAGAGAUUGCUGCUGCCACGCACAAUUUUGCCGAUUUCAACGAGAUCAUGCCGGCCAUCUACAGAAACUUUAUGGAGAGGGAAGCAAAGGAGUGGAGAAUGAUCUACAAGUCGCUGCAACUUCUCGAGUACAUCGUCAAGCACGGCAGCGAACGAGUGGUGGAUGAUGCCAGGUCGCACGUGGGCACCAUCAAAAUCCUGCGCAACUUUCACUACAUUGAUGAACAAGGCAAAGAUCAGGGCAUCAAUGGU